GCUAGAGCGCAUGCACCUGCUGGGCCGUUAUGGUCACUCUUAAAGGGGAAGUGAUUGGUUUUCUGGGGCGGACCGGGCUGGAUCGGGUGGCAUGGCCGGAUCCGGGCCUGGCACCGGACGGUUCUUGCAUGAGCUCCCGGCCUGGCUCAUGUGUAGCUUCUGUCGCCUGAUGGACGCAUUGGGUCGUGCGGACUGGGAACGUUUCGCUUCCAGAGUGGUGCGGGACCAAGUGGAGCUUCGGCUGGCGGGCACCAGCGAGGGCCGGACACAGCGGGUGCUCUGGAGCUGGGGCCACCGCAAUGCCCGUGUGGGCGACCUGCUUGCCUUGCUGGGAGAGCUGGAGUUGGACUGGGCCCAUGACCUCAUCGCCAGCUGGCAGCCCCCUCCCGAGCCAUGGACACGCCUGCCCCACAGCACCUCCCUGGCCCCUCCCCUGCCAUCUGUGCCUCUGCCAUCCGUGCCCCCUGCCCCCUGCAGUACUGCUCGGACCCUUCCCUGGGACCCGCCAAAGGCUCUGCCCGUGCCAGUCCCACCCCUUCCAGAGCCAUCCUGCCUCUCGUUGCCCCUCCCUGGCCCCCCACCCCGCAGCCUCCUCAGCACCAGCAGCCAUGACACCGUGACCUCUCCUGACCCUGUGACUCUUCUCAGCCAGGUCCUGCCACCCCCAGGGUUCCCACGUCUCCUGGCAUGGCCCCUGGCAGAGUUGGUGGAGGCCACGGGCGGUUUCUCAGAGCAGCACAAGGUGGGCGAAGGUGGCUUUGGUUGUGUCUACCGUGCCCGGCUGCGGCACACGGAUUGUGCUGUCAAGCGCCUCAAGGAGGAUGCAGAGCUGAACUGGAACCUUGUCCAUAACAGUUUCAUCACAGAGCUGGAGAAGCUCUCGCGGUACCGGCACCCGAAUAUUGUGGAACUGGCUGGGUUCUGUGCUGAGAAGGGCCACUUCUGCCUUGUCUACGUCUUCAUGCCCAACGGGUCCUUGGAUGACCGGCUACGCCCACAGGAUGGGCGUCCUCCACUGACGUGGCCUCAGCGCCUGUCAGUACUGGUGGGGGCUGCCCGGGCCAUCCAGUUCCUCCAUCAGGACGUGCCCAGUCUCAUCCAUGGGGAUGUCAAGAGCUCAAACAUCUUGCUGGACCAGGCACUGACCCCCCGGCUGAGUGACUUCGGGCUGGCACGGGUGGGAGUGGGGGGAGGCCGGGGGGGCCGCAGUGGGACCCUGGGCCGUACGGGCACAGUGCGGGGGACCCUGGCCUACCUGCCCCCCGAGUACGUGCAGACUGGUGCACUCUCCCCUGCCAUUGACACCUACAGCUUUGGUGUGGUGCUGCUGGAGGCACUGACAGGUCGGAGGGCACUGGAGACGGACGAACGUGGACAGACCAAGUACUUGAAAGACCUGGUGGCUGCAGAAGAGGAGGAGUCCGGGGUGGGUGACAGGGAUGUGGGCACCAGGCUGGGUCAGGCCUACGCAGACUCCCAGGCUGGGCCCUGCCCCCCUCUACUGAGCACCUCCCUUGGCCACCUGGCGGCUCAGUGCCUUCAUCGCCGCAGCAAGCAGCGCCCCCACAUGGACCAGGUGUAUGAGGAGCUGGAGCGCCUGCAGCAGGCCCUGUGCUGGGAGCCAGCCCUGCCCCCCUGCCGCUCCCCUGUGGACCCCCAGAACCAGCCAGAGGAGAGUGAUGACAGCCUGCCAGGAGUGGGAGACAGCUUCUCCAGCCCCUUGCCACCUCCUGCUGUCAUCAUCAACCCAGCCCGGCGCCGAAUAAUGGAGCGCUUGGAAUUGUAUGACCACGGUCUCCUUGACAGCCUGGGAGUGCUGGACUCAGGGCCCCCAUAUGGCUCUGUCCCCUCCCAGCUGCCUGAGGAGAGUGAAGACUUUGACGUUGGUCCCUGACAGAUGGAAUUCUCAGUGCUGACAGACACUUUUGGAGCCCCCACCAGCUGCUAAGUUUUCUUCAGUACCACUAUGGAACCUAGGCAUCCUGAGGCUGUCUUUGCCCCCUAACAGUCCCAGGUCUUCUCCAGGGCCAUACACCAUGGUCCCUCUUUGUUCCUCUUCCCGUGACCCCUGAGGAACCCAGGCAUCCAGGAUUUGUCCCAGGUUCCCCCAUCCAUGGACACAGUUCUCACUUACUCGCCUCCCAGGACUCGGGUUUCGGGGGGCUAUGGGGGGGGGUCAUAUAGGUCUCCCCCUUCUCAGAUCCAUCCCCCCCAAGAAAGGCCAAAAAGAAUAAAGUGUUUCGUAGAUUUUA